GCUGUCAGAGUGGGAGUUGUUUUUUAAGAAAGUUGAAAAUUUGUCUUUUAAAAUUUUUAGUGUAUAUUAUUUGCUUUUAAAGCAUUACACUAAAAUUUAAGAGAUAGAAUAUAUAAUUAUCAAAAGAAUUUUUGUUAUUUAUUUAAAACUAGUAUACAUUAGAAAUAUUAUGAGUCCGACAAACCGAUGAUCGAUUAAUUUAAAAAUUUUAGACUGUAAGACGUUAUACAAAAGUGAUCAGGCUGCUUAAAUAAAAUAUUAGUCUUAAAUACAAAUUGGUUUUUAAUCUACAUAAUGCAUUGGACUGUUCGAUUGGAAGGUGGACCAAGACGUGUUAAUCAUGCUGCUGCCGUAGUGGAUGAUUACAUAUAUUCAUUUGGCGGAUAUUGUACAGGAGAUGACUACAUGUAUUCUAGCACAAUAGAUGUUCACAUUUUAAACACAAAUAAUUUAAGAUGGUCCCUAGUGCAACCCAAAAAAGAUGAAAAUAAUGAACCACUAAAAUAUCCUCAUGUUCCUUUUCAAAGAUAUGGCCAUACAGUUGUCGCUUAUAAAGACAAAAUAUAUUUGUGGGGAGGACGGAAUGACGAUACUUCGUGCAAUAUUUUGUAUGCUUUUGAUACAAAAACAUUAACUUGGUCGACCCCGAAAGUCAAAGGCGUUAUUCCUGGAUCAAGAGAUGGACAUUCAGCUUGUGUAAUAAAUGAUUGUAUGUACAUUUUUGGUGGUUUCGAAGAGGAUUUAGAUCAGUUUAGUUGUGAUGUACACUGCUUAAAUUUUGAUACAAUGGAAUGGAAAUUUAUUUAUACAAAAGAUCAACCUCCAUCUUUUAGGGAUUUUCAUUCAGCGGCUGGAAUGAAUAAUCGUAUGUAUAUAUUUGGUGGCCGAGGUGACAAACAUAGCCCUUAUCAUAGUCAGGAAGAAAUUUACUGUCCUGAAAUUGUUUAUUUGGAUUUAACGACAAAACGAUGGUGUCGGCCUAGUACAACUGGUAAAGUUCCUGUAGGAAGACGAAGUCAUUCUAUGUUUACUUAUAACAACCUCAUAUAUGUAUUUGGCGGUUAUAAUGGAAUAUUAGAUCAACAUUUCAACGAUUUAUAUUCUUUUGAUCCAAAAACUAAUAGAUGGAAUUUGCUGAAACCUAAAGGAAAGGUUCCUUCUGCGCGUAGACGACAAGUUUGUUUAGUUAAAGAUAAACGAAUGUAUUUAUUUGGUGGAACUAGUCCAAUGUGUUUUUCUUCAAACAGUCUGGUUGAUAAUAAUGAUACUCAUGUAUUGGAUUUUGAGCCAACAUUAAAAACUUUAGCAAUACUAGCCGUAAUAGAUAAUCGAAUAGACUUUUCGUUUUUGCCAAAAGAAGUUAGAUUUGAAAUUCGUACAAUGAUUACACCCAAUUCGAUAACAAGGCCAAUUAAUCAGGCUGGCUAGAUGCUCAAUUUUAGCUGGAUAUAAAAAUAUAAAAAUUAAGUUUUUCAUUAUAUAAAAAUCUGUAAAAAGCGAUUAAGAACUUUGUAAGAGAUUUUUAAUCUCAAAAACUUUUAUCUGAUUCUUAAUAUCACAUAGGGAUGCACAUAACAAAUAAACGUUUUUUUUAUAUAUUAGAAUAAUUGCAUAUUUGUUCAAGAAAAUCAAUAAUUUCAGAAAGUAAUU